AUGUCAGAAUUGUCGUCUUUGACUAGUCAAGAACCUGCAAGUGGCGAUGAAGUGAGGCCUGGUAGAGCCAUUGGGGACCUCCCACCCAAAACUCAGCUUAACAUCAACUCCGUCGCUCUGCUGGAGAACGUGUCCAAUCAGCUCCUAAAACUACUUACCACGAGUAGUAUCGAGACUCUUACAGCACUUGCAAUACCAGGGCAGGAUUUUUACGAGGGAGAAGUUUUCGAGACCCUUUUUGCGCUUUUCAAGCAGGUGAAAAAGGUCUACACAGAACUGCCGCUCUUGAAUGUGAGAGACGUUGCGCCAGGCCUCUGGCUGGAGAGCGAGCAAUGUCCUUACAUUUUGAAAACGCAGGAAAACUUGAUUUUAGCGGCUAUUCGAAAAGCAAACAUUGUAACGUAUCUCCUGUCCAUCAUGGGUCGAUUUCAAUAUGGGUUUUCGUUCCUGGAUGACAACUUCAUCGACAUUUUUUGUCCUGAAGGAAAAGACCUCCCGUUUGAAGCAGAUCGGGCUUUGGCUACAUCUUUGGGAAGACUUUUAAAACCACAAGCCGUUCUGUAUUUAAAUCUCAAAACACAGGCUUACAUAUCCGCCCUAGAACCUUGGAAAGAUAACCCCCAUGAACUACCCCGCGUAAAGCAAGAGACUCUAAACCAGGUUUUCGCUCCAGACGUGAAGGAUUUUUUGCUGGCCAAGAAACGUUUACGCAGCAGCAGAUUAAGCCCUUCCGAGGAAGAUUUUAUCAAACGAUGUGCGCAUAGAAGGGAAAAGCUGGCGGAGCAAACUUCUCUUGAGCAGCUCAUUUCUGAGUACGACUGGCUGGAUUUCUUCAAGGAAGUUUUCUUUUAUGUGCAACGCAACGUCAGCGUACUUGUGUGGGGCAAAAAAGGUAUUGAGUUCGCCAGCCCCUAUGGAGAUUCCGACCCGAAUACCAGUAAUAACAGUACCACCGGUACAGAGCUGAAAAUGCAAGAUCAAGAUCAACUAUCGCAAGAGACGCCCGGUCUGGCCUCGGACUCGCUCGCAGAGCCGUCAGGAGAUUCGGAAUACUUUUCCUCUAGUCGAAAGCCAUCACCGACACCACUGCGUGAUUCCAAGACUGAGAAGAAACCUAAACAAAAAAGACUUUGGACCAAAGAUGAAGAGGCAGCUCUUGUAGAUGCUCUCAAAAGCCAAGGUCCAGCCUGGUCUAAGAUCCUAGAGCUGCACGGUGCGGGUGGCAGUGUUUCCGAGCUACUCAAAAGAAGAACACAAGUUCAACUGAAAGACAAGGCACGUAAUUGGAAAAUGUAUUUCUUGAAAGGUGGCCUGCCAGUUCCUGAUUAUUUGACCAAAGUUACUGGCGAUUUAGAAAGAGACGAAAAAUCGAGACAAAGAUUCAAAAAUAAGAUUGUGAAAAAACCUACACAAUCAUCGGAUUCUUCAAGUGCUUCAAGUCCGAGCCAUAAUCGUGAACUAAGACGCGUGGCAACGCUGAGCGUGGUACAUCAAGAACCAGCAAAAGUAUCAAAACAUUCGCAGGACAGCGACAACAAUAAAGACAUGGACCCUGAGCUACAAGCGUCUUGA